CACACUCACAAACACACACACUCUCACUCACUCACUCAGAACACAUGGACGCAGGAGCACAAGUGCACGCGCACUGACAGCAGCCCACCGAGAGCACACAAUGCAGUUCCAGCACUCGCACGCGCAUCUUUACGCGCCGACGCCCGCGCCGCCCGUCCACCCGACGCCCUUCUACAUCGAGGACAUUCUGGGCCGGAACGCGUGCGCGUCAGCCCCGCUCGCGCCGACGCCGACCCUGCCGUCCCCGAACUCGUGCUUCACCAGCCUGAUCCCGUCCUACCGGACCCCGAUCUACGAGCCCACGCCGAUACACCCGGUCCUGACGCAGCACGCGCUCGCGGCGACCUACGCGUCCAUCUACCCGUUCCAACGCUCCGUCGGAGACUUUACGCACGCGCUGAUCCGACACGACCCGCUGGGGAAGCCCCUGCUGUGGACACCCUUCAUCCAGAGGCCUCUCCACAAGAGGAAAGGCGGGCAGGUUCGGUUCUCCAACGACCAGACCAUCGAGCUGGAGAAGAAGUUCGAGACCCAGAAGUAUCUGUCUCCACCCGAGAGGAAGAGGCUCGCCAAGAUGCUCCAGCUCAGCGAGAGACAGGUUAAAACCUGGUUCCAGAACCGGCGGGCGAAGUGGAGGAGACUGAAACAGGAGAACCCCGCGAGCGGCAGGAGAGACGCGGAGGACUCGGGCGAGCGCAGAAACUCCGACAGAUCGAGUCCCGACGCGACUCGCGACUCCGACGCGUCCGACGACUCCGACCAGGAGCUGCUGGACAUCGAAGAGGACUCGAUCAACUCCAUAAACCCGCAGUUAUGAGUCCGUCAGGGCGCGCGCUGUAAAUACUGUAUCAUAGCUACUGUACAUUUGAGACGCAGCGUUAACUUAAUGGAUGUGUAGAUUCUGAUCUAGAUGUCACGUGAUGAAGCUGUGUCUGUGUUGUGGCGGGACAUUGUUAUGUGUUGUAAAUAUUGUGUUAUUCAAUAAACAAUAUUUUUUGGGGA